AUGCCCGAAAGUUGUAUACAUCCGUUCAAACUCCUGCGAGCGAAAAAGUAUGCGUUGAUGACCAUCGAUGAUGAUAACCCUUCCAGCUCGGAUAACGAACACGGCCCCGCGGAGAAGGCAGAGGGGACAAAGGGUACUGCCCAUAUUUCCCCGUUGCAUAAAGUCGCCAAGGCAAACUCUGCCAGAGCCUUACCUCAAGCGCUUCACGCCAACGACGCGAAAUUAUCCUCCUCAUCGACCACGCCCUCUGUCUCCACUGCCGCUCCACAGGCUAGUGGCUCCCCGUGGUCCACAGACGAUGUUUCCGACGGGCAAGAGCAUGACAUCGUCAAUCACCACACUGAGGGCGAGAACAAUCCCAAGGAUGUCUCCACGGACGAUAGUGCAGUCUCCUUGGGGAUUCUGGUGGAUGGGGUAGAAUCUGGUUCGACAGCGGAUGGUGCCAGCCUUCAGGUGUCUGUCACUCCAGCUGAAGUAGUGUCAGGAGCCCUGGUUGGAGGUUCAGAGAGUGAUUCGACAGGCCAGGGAGAGUCUGAAGAUGUCUUGGAGCCGCAGUCGUUGCUCCCGCCGCGUUGGCGUAUGGGCAGGUUUGUCUUCUCUUGCGUCGCACAAAGUAUGCCUUGCUAA